AUGGGGCAAAUUCAUCGCAAAAAACGCAAUCACCAUGCACGUCGAGAUGUAUCACGAGCGGCUCGAACUCGAGCGCGCAAACUCGAUUACGAUCAACGUCAUGAGAAUGCUACAGACGAAGCGAAGCGGCAAUCGUUAGAAGCUCCUACUGAGCUGGACCCUGAAAAGGCCGGUCUCGGCAUGUUUUAUUGUGUGGAGUGUGACCGACAUUUUCCCAACAUGAAUGACCGAAACGCACACGUUGCUAGCAAGCAGCAUAAACGUAUUGCUAAAAAAGUGUUGACAGAAAAGCCCUACACCCAUGAAGAGGCACUUCGUGGCGCUGGCAUUGGUGUCGAUCAUCGCCAACGCAAUUCUGACAAGAUCGAAACGGAGCUGUAA